AAUUGAGUACUUACAAGUCAUAUGCUUGGCUUACAGACUACUACAACUACCUCGUCAACUCAAAUAGUUGCAACCACUACUGUGACAAUGCAGCCAUUCACAAGAAAUAUCAGUGCAAAAUCUAUUAUUGAAACCAAACCAUCUAACCUUUUUCCAACACCCAGUGCACCACCUAUAUCUGAUUCUUUGGAUUCAUUUGACUCUGAUCCAUAUGGUAAUGAAAAUAAUCAAAAUAUUCCUAACACAAUACAUUCAAGUUCAGCACUUAAUAAAUUGAACAAUAGAGCUCACAAUUUUACUCAAAAAAGUGUUAUUAUUCCAGACAUAUGUGGCUCGUGUGGGAAAAAGUAAUA